GCUAGUUAUAAUUGAAUAAUUGCAUUAUUUAAAAUGAAUAUCUUUUUUUUUUAAAUCACUUUUUAUAUAUUGAAUAGUUUUAUGAAAAAAUUUUGUAAUAAAUUAUAAAAUAAUGGAUACUUGAUGUAUUCUACCAAAGUGAUCGUUUGUCCGUACGGUAUUUUAAGUAUUUAUAAAUAUGUUCGACGUAUGGCCAUGGCUAGAUUAUGGCUAAGGUGUUUCUUUGCUGCUGUGGUAAUAACAACAAUUAUUUUUAUUUAUUCAUUUUUCAAUGUUCCAUCAGUAACUGAACUCAAAUUUUCAGAUGCCAAAGUAUUCAUAAAUAAUAAAUUAGAAUCUUUAAGUUUCUCAGCUCUUCCCAAGACAUCUAAUCAACAUUAUGAUUUCAAUCAAAAAUGCUACACAAUCCACAUUGCCAUGGUUUGUGCAGGAUAUAAUUCCACUAAUUCAUUAAUUACAGUAGUUAAAUCAAUUAUUUUCUAUCGAUCUAAUCCUCUACAUUUUCAUUUUAUUGUUGAUGAAGUAUCUAAUAGAACGUUGAAGGUUUUAUUUGAAACAUGGAAUUUACCCCAAGUGCUUGUUUCAUUUUAUCCAGCAGAAAUAUGGGUACCAAAAGUUGCCUGGAUAAAAAAUAAACAUUACUCAGGUGUAUAUGGAUUAUUAAAAUUAACUCUUUCAGAUAUAAUUCAUGAAGAUAAAGUUUUAGUAUUUGAUACUGAUAUCACAGUAUUAACAGACAUAUCUCAACUAUGGGACAUUUUUGAAAAAUUCAGUCACAAUCAUACACUGGCACUUACAGAAAAUCAAAGUGAUUGGUAUGUAAAAGUUAAUGAAAAAAUUCAACGUCCCUGGCCAGCUAUUGGUAGAGGGUUCAAUACUGGAGUAAUGCUGAUGAAUUUAAAAUUACUUCGUGAUAGAAAAUUCACAGAUUUAUGGAUAGAUACAUCGCGCAAAUAUUUGAAAGAAUUUUAUGAAACUAGUUUAGCUGAUCAAGAUAUCAUCAAUGCUGUUAUCAAAGAUAAUCCAUCCAUAAUUUUCACGCUGGAAUGUACUUGGAAUGUACAGCUGGGAGAUCAUACGAUUAGCGACCAGUGUUAUGAAGAUGCUAAACAAAUACGAAUUUUACACUGGAAUUCACCUCGUAAACAAGAUGUAAAGAAUAAACAUGCAAGAGAUUUCAAUCAAAUGCACAGAGUUUUUUUAGAUAUGAAUGGUAAUUUACUACAGAAACGGCUGUUCAGAUGUGAUAAGACCAAUAGUGCUUUAAUGAUAUAUAAACCAAAUAGCUGUCAGAAAUUCACAAAGAGUGCAGCCCUUACAUAUCGCACUCAUCUUUUUAUUCGUGAAUAUCAAUAUGAUAAUUAUUUAGAAAAGGAUAUUGGCCUCGUAACUCAGUGCAGUGCUGAUAGAAUUAUUUUACUAGAUGAAUUAUUCAAACGUUGGCCAGGAACAAUAAGCGUUGCCGUUUAUCUAACAGAUGCUGAGGUACAAUCCUUUUUAGAUUUUAUUAGUGGAUCAGAUGUUCUAAAGAAUCGAAAGAACAUUGCUUACCAUAUCGUUUACAAAGACGGAGAGUUUUAUCCAAUUAAUUACUUACGUAAUGUAGCAAUAUCACAGAUCCCUACCCCAUAUAUAUUUCAAUUAGACGUCGAUUUUCUACCACCUGUUGAUCUAUAUGAAAAACUCAUGUCAUACAUUCUCAAAUCAAAUACAUCAGAAUUAGAAAAAAAAGCGUUUAUAAUACCAGCAUUCGAAACUCAACGUUAUAGGUUCACAUUUCCUGCUAAUAAAGAUGAACUUUUGAAGUAUUUAACUUACGGAGUACUUUAUACUUUUCGUUAUCAUGUAUGGACAAAAGGUCAUGCAGCAACUAAUUUUAGCUAUUGGAAGACUGCUGUUGAUCCAUAUGAAGUAUCUUGGGAACCAGAUUUCGAACCCUACAUUGUGGUAUCUAAAUCUGCUCCUAUGUAUGAUGAAAGAUUUAUUGGAUUUGGUUGGAAUAAAGUAUCAUAUAUAACUCAUUUGACAGCAUUGGGUUAUAAAUAUAUUGUUCUGCCUAAUGUAUUCAUAAUUCAUCGUCCUCAUGCUCCAAGCUUAGAUAUUGGGAAAUUCCGUACAAAUCCUCUAUACCGCAGGUGCCUUAAAAAGUUAAAAGAUCAAUUUGUUGAGGAAUUAUUAGAAAAGUAUGGAGAUGAGACCCUAUCAAGGCUAAAAAAACUUACCAAAGAAUGAACAAUUUAAUAUCUUGCAAUAUAAUUUUUUAUAUCAAUUUUAAAUAUAAUUAUUGUAUCGUUAUUUUCAUUAAAAAAUGUUAUAUUACAAA